AUGAACGAUGUGGACAUAGAGGACUACCACAGGAACAUCCUCCAAGAGCUGAGCGCAGUCGAAGAGGAGGGGGAAAUAUCCUUGUCUAUAUUUCUAAACGACUUAAUAGACAUUGACAUCGAAUCAAAUUUUAACUUCAGUUACCAAGUGGUGAGUCGGGUGAUGCAUAUAUGUCUCAACUCGCUAAACAGUAAUUUGAUGACACUGGCAGAUGCAUGCAUGCACUUUCUGCGUUACAGCAUCAGUAGGUGCCUAAAACUGGAGGAAGAAAUUAAUGAGUCCUUCUUCGACAGUAUCAACACGAUAGUAAAUAUAUGUCUUAACAUGAGGUACUUUAUCGACAACAGAUCUUUGUUGUUUCAAAGAGCAUUCCUAUCUCUCAUCAUCGAGUUGGAUAAAAGUUUGCCAAAAUUCAUGAUUCUAUGGAAAGGAUACAAAACGGAGAUGUGUACAUUCCUCACCUCCCUACUGCAUCUUAUUUCCUUCCACUUAACUCUCCUAAAUGAUCUUUUAAAAAAAUUCAAAAAAGAUGAAGAAUUAAAUUGUAACAGGCACAUACAGAUGGGAUGUUCCAGAAUAAAAAUCAUAGAAAUUGCCUUCAAUUUACUGUUGAAAAUGCUUAAAGAAAUUAAAGAAAUUCCUUUUAUUUCUUCUCUCAUCGAUUAUGUUAACGUGAUUGUUGAUACUUACGAUUACAUACCAGAUGUAGAAAUCAAGAAGAAAAUUUUAUCUCUAUGUAGAUGCUUGUAUAGUAGCAACUGUGAUGGGAAUAGGACCCAUUUCACGUCUCUCCCAGGUAUGACCAAUUUGCUAAACAGGAAGAGGAACAACUAUUUGGCACUAACCAAGGAGAAAGACAUUAACAUGAGUUACCUACGCAACUGCUCCUAUAUCUACGUCUCCGAAAGUCAUCUCUUCAUCAACACAUAUGGCGGCACUGGGGGGGAGCGGACGAGUGGGACGAGUGGGGCAAACGGGACGAACGGGACGAACGGGACGAACGGGACGAGUGGGGCGAACGGGGCGAACGGGGCAACUACCCGCAGCAACCAUGGGGAGGCCCCAACUCAUCAGAGUGAUGAUGUCUCCCCCAGCAGUGCGAAGGAAAAAAUCGUUUUGACUCCCAACGGGUUCAGGGGAUGUUUGCUGCUGAACUUUUUCUAUGCCUACUUUUACAACACCCAAAACAAGCUGCUCAUAGUUUUGUGCUACGACCAAGUGAAGGUGCGUCAGGACCCCCUGGGGAAGAUGCUCGUUUUUCGUUGCUCACGGAUGGACGCGCUGGGCGCACUGUCAAAUAAGCUACGGACACAGUACGAAGGCCGCCUCCUGGACCAGAUAGAGAUUUGCGUCAAGUUCCGUUCAGAGUCGAUUAAGAAUAAAAUGUUCGAUGUCAUUGCGGAGGUAAUUUCGAUUGACAGGAACGAACCUGGUAACGGUGAGGAAGUGAAGGAUGAGUCGAAUGAGGUCUGUCUUCGGGAAGGGGCUCAACACGAGACAAAGUUGAAAGGAGACAAUAAGGGUGCGAUUAGUUCCUUUGAUGACGACUCAGACAGUCGUACCAACUGCAUCAUCAGUGGGGACGAAAUAAUCGAAGAAGAAAAAUUGGAACGCAGAAAAGUAAGCUUUGCUUCGAUGAAGGAAAUAUGCCUAAUGGAUUAUCGUACGUCGAUGGGAACGAAAACGUUACUCCUGGAUGAGUCCCUAAAUGAGAUGCACAGACACGACAUCGAGGGGAUCUCCGAUUUGACGGAUGAAGAGGACACAAAAGUUCUGGCAGAUCCGGGGGAAGCAACUAGUUGCCCAAGCGUCGGUAAGGUCAGCUCAUUAGGAGGGCUGCCUGUCGAGGAGGGGGGCACGAGCUAUGCAGAUGGGAUAAGUGAAGCAGGCGGGGUGAUCGAGGCAGAUGGCACUCUUGACCCCGAGGGGGGAGACGGUGGCGAAUCACUUGGAGGAAUUCGCACCAAGGUGAGCUACGCAACAACGAAGGAUUUGGAGCACACAGAGGAUGUAGAAAGAAAGGAGGUUAUUCUUGAAGAUUACGAAUUGUUUGGGGAGAACCCACUCCGCAGUGUUCUCUUAGAGAGAAGAAAAAAUCUCGACGAAGGAGAUGAACUGCCAAAUGGUCAGCAGAAACACCAAUUGAAACACACCAAAGGGGUAAAUGAAGCAAGCGGAUGUGAGGACCCACUGAACGAGUUACUCAUUCUGUCGGAUAUCAACAAAGUGCGUGAAGAAGUCUGUAUUGGGAAAAGAAGCCAAGGGGGGGAGGAUGAUGACGAGGUAGAUGUGGGGAGCCACCCAGGAGAUGAAAAUGAACAAACUUGUAGAGGUAUACACCCCAUGCGUUUCGCAGAUGAUGGGACGAAGCUACUACUCAGUGAGCCUGCCACCAAAUUGGAAGAAGGAAAGGAAAAUUCAAGAGGGAAAAACAAAUCGGAUGGUAGCUACUUCCCGCAGAAGAGUUACAGCCAUGGCAACAUCCCCCAAGGGAAGGAAAAACAAACGGGAGAAAAUGGCCCUCCUUAUGAUAUAAAAGAAUUUAUGAUUAAAAAUGGGAUUGAGGAAGAUGUAGGAGAGAAAAGUGGUCGUGAAUGUGAUGCUUUAGAAAGCUUGUUGACGGGUGAUCUGUGGAAAGGAAGCAGUAAUAGGGGUGGCCACAGCAUCCUUAAGUCGCCACCCGAAGUUGUUAAAAAGUUACUCAAUUAUGACGCGAAACAGAAACAACGUGAUGAGUACAUGCAAAGUUUGGCAAAGCCACAAGUGAAGGGCACACCUGGGGGGAGGCAGCGGGGGGACAUGAAAAGGCACUUACGCCGCGUUGAUCAGAGAGUGAUGCAGAAUCGAGAGGAGGGGGACAGGGAUAGACAAAGGGUAAAGGAAGAACAGACUGAGAAUGGAAGCGGUGACACUAUACAGGGAGGGCUAGGCUAUCGAGUGGACGAGUCUGUAAAUUUAGGCGAAAAGGACAGUCCGAGCGAAGAAAAGUCUCCGGUCGCAGCGUGCCGAAGGGGAAGAAGCCACGACGAGGGAGGGACGGGGGAAUACUCCGAGGUGGUGAACAUCGAGGGAGAGGACGAAGCGAGUAACGAAAUGAUCUCAAGUGACUACCUGGUGGGGGGAGAAGUGGUCGGCAGGGGAAACAGCGCCAGCAUUUGUAGCGACAGAGUUUGUAGCGACAGCGUUUGUAGAGACAGCAUUUGUAGAGACAGCACUUGUAGGGACAGCACUUGCAGGGACAGCACUUGCAGGGAGCACCGUUUUAGGAAUGAGUCCUCCAGGAAGAGGAGCAACCCCGCCGCGAAUGGAACACACCACAUCGAUAAACCCAGCUCAAGCUGCAAAAGUAAAAAAAGAAUCGCAACAAAUGAGGCCAACACAGCGAAUGAAGAAGCCUGCACCAUGAACGAUUACGCAGCAAAAAAUAACCACCCAGAUUCACCCUAUCCAGUAAAAAAAACAAAAUAUAAUUACCAUGACCCAAAACUUUUAAAUUUGCUAAAAAAUGAAGAAAACUUGGAUAAGUUAAGUGCUAAAUAUUUGAUUAAGGCUUAUACAAUAAUUCAGUAUAACCGUAGAAACACACACAUACAAAUAGCUGACUGUUUCCGGAGCGUGAGGAAGGAAAUUACAACAUCGUUUGAGUGCAUUAACAGCAAGUACGCAGCUUGGUUAAAAGAACUGCAACUGAAAUUUGCUGGGAGACUUGAACGGAUUGUUUCAAGGAACUCCUACAUGCUCCUACUUAAUAAGAGGAGGCCUGGACAUAUUAAUAUAGACACAAUGCCCACUCCCAUCGACCUGCAAAUUAUUUCCACGAAAAUGAAUACACUGCAGGACACGCUUAACAUAGUGCAAAGAACUAUGGAGGAUAAGAUUAAAAAUUUGCAAAUUUUGAUGGCGUACAAGGAGAGUGAUGUGUAUACUUCGUCCCUUUCGCUGAACACCCUCCUGUCCCGCUGUUCCACGCAGCGCCAAAGGGAGGGCGACGAGCAAAGCGGUGGUGCGGGGCAAAGCGGCGGAGAGAAGUGA